AUGGGCGCUAAAGAAGAGGAAACCAAUGUCGUUGAAGAAAUUUUUGUUGUAGCAUUAGCCAAAGCCCAACGCUUUAGAACUAGAUCAAUAGUGUACUUGCAUGUAUGUUUACUGUAUGGAUUGCAAUUCUCAUUGGCGUUGGUAGCUCACAACUGCAGUUAUUUAACCCUUGUGGACACAGUUAUGACAGAAUUUGCUCUGGAUCCUACGAAGGACAUGGAGCGUGAACCUGCUAAAUAUCCGAUAAUCGUUGACGUUGCUGAGGCAGAAAUAGAUAAUACGUCCAUCACAGUGCCAGUCAAUGCGCAUUCCAACAGUGAAAUUGCAUCAAUACGGGGAUGGGAGCAUUGUAGACCGGUGAUUGUUGUUGAUGGUACAUACUUGAAUGGUAAAUAUGGAGGUACCCUUUUCACAGCAUGUACACAAGAUGCAAAUAAUAGCAUAUUCGUUCUUACUUUUGGAAUUGGAGACAAUGAGGACGACAAAUUUUGGAUAUGGUUUUUCGAUAAGUUGAAAAAGGCGUAUGGAAAUAGAGAAGGGCUGCAUUUUGUGUCGGACUGUCACCCAAGUAUAAAGAAUGCGAUAAAACAUGUGUAUCCGGGAGCCUGUUGCGGUAUUUGUUCUUAUCAUUUGCUGCAAAAUCUAAAAUCAUAUUAUGGAAAGUCACGCCAAAACAUUACACAAGCAUUUAAUUCGGCUGUCCGUGCUUACACACUGGAAGAAUAUGAUUAUAACAUGUCUCUAGUAACAACAAUGAAUGAGAAGAUUAUUUCGUAUUUGGCUGAUGUUGGACCUGAAAAACAUAAGGAUGAUGCGCAUGAAACUUUCACAAAGUUGUCGAGCAAGUACGAAAAAGAGAUUAGGAAAAUGAGCAUGGAUUUGAGGAACUUGAGGCUAUAUGUAAAUGGAACAAAUUUAUGUAACAUGAUAUCUAAAUCUGUGACCUAUAUAUCUCCUUCAAACCAAACAAUAUUUUCUGUCAGCAAUGAAAGAUCGACGUUUGUCGUCGAUAUUGAGCAACGAACGUGCACUUACAGGAUUCUACAAGUUGAUUUGUUACCGUGUCCACACAUUUUGGCUGUAAUUACAAACAUAAGAAGAUAUCCUUAUGAUUACUGUUCUUAUUAUUACACAAAAGAUGCGUACUUGAAUGUGUACCAAGAUUCUGUAUAUCCCGUUGGAAAUCAAGAGAAAUGCACAGUGCCAGAAGAAGUACAAUGA